CAAGAGACGGAAGCAAGCCCGUGGCGUCUAGGCGCGGCUUGUGCGGCUUGCACAGCACUGUGUCGGGAUAGACCCUCCCGCUGAGAUAUUUUCUGCUGCAUAUUGCCACGAAUGCAAGCUGUGCCAGCCGUGCACUGCGGAGUUUGGGAGGAAGGACUCUGGGAGGGGCAUAGCGAUGAUGUGUGCCGUGAUCCGUGAGUUUCGUCAUGAGCACCUAACGGUUGAGAUCUUGCUCGGUGGGUGCCUGGCCACGCGACAUCGGACCGUUGGAGAAGGGUUCAGGAGGUUUCGAAAUCUUCUAAAUCAUGGCCAUCGCCCACCUCGACUUGCCCUGGCCACCCUGACCACGCUCUUUCUUCAUUGGCCAACGGCGCGCUUGAUCGUUGCUGCGUCUCGAAGCGUCCCUGCGUGGCCACACUGCAACGAUAAUGUUCCGUGCUCGGAGGGCCGUUGAGCUCAUGGGUGCGUGUUGCGUGGAAUGUCAGCCAGAACUCGUAACUACAUCACGUCAUGGGUGCACGGCGAUAUGAUCGUAGCCAGGAGACAAG